AAUCGUUACAGGCCAAUGGUAUAGAGCGCGGGCGUGUCCGGACGGGCUUAAUAAGCGGUUUUGUCUGGUUUUAGACCCAGCAUACCGAGGUCUCGCCUCUUUUGGGUCGUCGGCAUCGCCGCUGCGGAGGAACAGUCCUAACACCGACAUCAUGCAUAAAUCCGAGUCACCUAAGGAACCAGAACAGCUCCGCAAGCUCUUCAUCGGGGGCUUGAGCUUCGAGACCACCGACGAGAGUCUCCGCAGCCAUUUUGAACAAUGGGGAGCCCUGACAGAUUGUGUGGUCAUGAGAGAUCCAGGCUCAAAGCGUUCCCGUGGCUUUGGCUUUGUCACCUAUUCUUCAACAGAUGAGGUUGAUGCUGCUAUGGAUGCCAGACCUCACCGGGUAGAUGGCCGUGUAGUGGAACCUAAACGUGCGGUUUCCAGAGAGGAUUCUUCAAGGCCUGGAGCACAUCUCACAGUUAAGAAAAUAUUUGUUGGGGGAAUAAAAGAGGACACAGAAGAACAUCAUUUAAGGGACUAUUUUGAAGUGUAUGGAAAGAUCGAGGUGGUUGAGAUAAUGACAGACCGUGCCAAUGGCAAGAAGAGGGGGUUUGCUUUUAUCACUUUUGAAGACCAUGAUUCAGUCGACAAGAUUGUUAUUCAGAAAUAUCACACUGUCAACGAUCACAACUGUGAAGUAAGAAAGGCACUAUCCAAGCAAGAAAUGGCAUCGGCAUCUGCCAGCCAAAGAGGACGUGGUGGUGGUGGAGGAGGAAACUUUGGUGGACGUGGUGGCUUUGGUGGAAAUGACAAUUAUGGAGGAGGACGUGGUGGUGGAGGAAACUUUGGCGGCAGUAGGGGUGGUGGUUUUAGUGGACGUGGUGGAUACGGAGGUGAUGGAGGCUACAAUAACGGUUUUGGUAACGAUGGUGGCUAUGGAAACAACGCCCCUUAUGGUGGUGGCAAUCGUGGAUUUGGUGGAGGCCAAAGUUAUGGAGGCGGCCAAGGUGGUGGAUAUGGAGGAAAUGGCGGUGGAGGCUAUGAUAGUUUCAACAAUGGUGGAGGAAGUGGCAGUGGAUUUGGUGGAGGCAAUGGUAACUUUGGAGGAAACAGUGGAGGUGGUGGUGGUGGUUACAAUGACUUUGGCAGCUACAAUAACCAGUCGUCGUCAAACUUUGGCCCAAUGAAGGGUGGUGGUGGUGGCGGCAACUACAGUGGAGGCAGGACUUCUGGACCUUACGGCGGUGGUAGUGGUGGUGGAUAUGGUGGUGGCAGUGGAAGCGGCAAUUAUGGAGGUGGCAGACGGUUUUAAUGGAGGAAACAAUGCUUAGCAAGAGAGGAGAGCCAGGCAAGCGACAGGUUACUACAAAAGUUGAAAUCAGCCAAGCACAGUUGUGGCAGGGCAUAGCUGCUACAUGAAGAAAUGUUAGCAAAUCAGAAUUACGUGUGAGGAAAACACAGGACUGAUCAUGAUUUAAUUAUGAAGACUGAGUUUUGUUUUGUGAAAGUGUCAAACAUUCCUAGGAGUGGGUUUUAUUGUAUAGGACUUUUAUAUAAUUUUUUUUUUUUUUUUGUUGCUGUUCACAAGCUGUAAACUGCAUCUUGACUUUAAUAAAUGUCCUUUUUUUUAUAAUACUGUAUUUAGAAGACAUUCCUUUUUUGUAGUGGGUGAUAAACUUAAACGCUGUAAAAAAUGCAGUUUAUAGUGGGGUAAACAGGUUUAGUAGUUCAGACAUUUAAAGACUUGGUAGAGAAUUAUCUUAAACACUAUAGCCUACAUGCAGAAAUGUUACAUCCUUUGCCAGCUCCCGCGAUAUAACGUGGGGUCCCCGCGUCAUAUCGGGUCGGUCCCGGCAUGUAUCUGAAGCUGGGGCUAAUGGCACGCAGCAGCGAUCGCAGUGCCGCGUGCUAUUAACCCUUUAGACGGUGUUCAAAGUUAAAGUGAAAGCUGCUUAGUUUGGCUGAUCGAGACCACUGCAGUGAAAAUGCGGUGACACGAGCGAAUGUCGGGGUGUCCCUUUGGCAAUUGCUCCAAGCCUGAGAUGCAGGUUUGAGCAAUCGACCGCCGACAACACUGAUCAAUGCAAAGCUAUGCUCUGCAGUGAAUGGGGCAUAAGAUCAGUGUGCAAUGUUAUAUAGCCCCCCUAUGGGAGCUAUAACACUGCAAAAAAGUUAAAUGUCAUUUAACCCUUUCCCUAAUAAGUUUGAAUCACUCCCCGUUUCCCAUAAAAAACAUGUAAAUAAAAAUAUGUGGUAUCGCAGAUACUGUAUGUCCGAACUAUUAAAAUAUAUAAUUAAUGAAACCGCAUGGUCAAUGGCAUAGGCGCCAAAAUUCCAAAGUCAAAAAUAACAUAUUUUUGGUCACUUUUUUUAUAUCAUGAAAAAAUGAAUAAAAAGCAAAGUCCAAUCAAUACAAAAAUGGUACCGCUAAAAACUUCAGAUCACGGUGCAAAAAAUUAGCCCUCAUACCAUAAGCGGUAAAAUAAGUUAUAAAGGUCAGAAGAUGACAAUUUUAAACGUAUACAUUUUUCUGCAUGUAGUAUUCACGACAAAAUCAAACCUAUAUAAGUAGGGACUCUUUAUAACCGUAUGGACCUACAGAACAAAGAUAAGGUGUCACUUUUACCGAAAAAUGUACAGGGUUGUUCCCCCCCCCCCCCC